CGGCCAGGCCCAGCGCCGGCGUAGGAGGGAGCAGCUCCAGCCUGGGCAGCGGCAGCAGGAAGCGUCCUCUGCUCGCGCCCCUCUGCAACGGGCUUAUCAACUCUUACGAGGACAAAAGCAACGACUUCGUAUGGUGGGUCUGAGGAGCAGCCCCCUCGCUCAACUCCCCAUCUGCUUUGAUAUGAUCGAGGAAGCAUACAUGACGAAGUGUGGCCACAGCUUUUGCUACAAGUGUAUUCAUCAGAGUUUGGAGGACAAUAAUAGAUGUCCCAAGUGUAACUAUGUUGUGGACAAUAUUGACCAUCUCUAUCCUAAUUUCUUGGUGAAUGAACUCAUUCUCAAACAGAAGCAAAGAUUUGAGGAAAAGAGGUUCAAAUUGGACCACUCAGUGAGUAGCACCAAUGGUCACAGAUGGCAAAUAUUUCAAGAUUUGCUGGGAACUGAUCAAGAUAACCUUGAUUUGGCUAAUGUCAAUCUCAUGUUGGAGUUACUAGUGCAGAAGAAGAAACAACUAGAAGCAGAAUCACAUGCAGCUCAGCUACAGAUUCUUAUGGAAUUCCUCAAGGUUGCAAGAAGAAAUAAAAGAGAGCAACUGGAACAGAUCCAGAAGGAACUAAGUGUUUUGGAAGAGGAUAUUAAAAGAGUGGAAGAAAUGAGUGGCUUAUAUUCUCCUGUCAGUGAAGAUAGCACAGUGCCUCAAUUUGAAGCUCCUUCUCCAUCACACAGUAGUAUUAUUGAUUCCACAGAAUACAGCCAACCUCCAGGUUUCAGUGGCAGUUCUCAGACAAAGAAACAGCCUUGGUAUAACAGCACAUUAGCAUCAAGACGAAAACGACUCACUGCUCAUUUUGAAGACUUAGAGCAAUGUUAUUUUUCUACAAGGAUGUCUCGUAUCUCAGACGACAGUCGAACUGCAAGCCAGUUGGAUGAAUUUCAGGAAUGCUUGUCUAAAUUUACUCGAUAUAAUUCAGUACGACCUUUGGCCACAUUGUCAUAUGCUAGUGAUCUCUAUAAUGGUUCCAGCAUAGUCUCUAGUAUUGAGUUUGACAGAGAUUGUGACUAUUUUGCAAUUGCUGGGGUUACAAAGAAGAUUAAAGUCUAUGAAUAUGGCACAGUCAUCCAGGAUGCAGUGGAUAUUCAUUACCCUGAGAAUGAAAUGACUUGCAAUUCCAAAAUCAGCUGUAUCAGUUGGAGUAGCUACCAUAAGAACUUGUUAGCUAGCAGUGAUUAUGAAGGCACUGUUAUCCUGUGGGAUGGAUUCACAGGACAGAGGUCAAAGGUCUAUCAGGAGCAUGAGAAGAGGUGUUGGAGUGUUGAUUUUAAUUUGAUGGAUCCUAAACUUUUAGCUUCAGGUUCUGAUGAUGCAAAAGUGAAGCUGUGGUCCACCAACCUAGACAAUUCAGUGGCAAGCAUUGAGGCAAAGGCUAACGUGUGCUGUGUUAAAUUUAGCCCUUCUUCUAGAUACCAUUUGGCUUUUGGCUGUGCGGAUCACUGUGUCCACUACUAUGAUCUUCGUAACACUAAACAGCCAAUCAUGGUAUUCAAAGGACACCGAAAAGCAGUCUCCUAUGCAAAGUUUGUGAGUGGUGAGGAAAUUGUCUCUGCCUCAACAGACAGCCAGCUAAAACUGUGGAAUGUGGGGAAACCAUACUGUCUACGUUCCUUCAAGGGUCACAUCAAUGAAAAAAACUUUGUAGGCCUUGCUUCCAAUGGAGAUUACAUAGCUUGUGGAAGUGAGAAUAACUCUCUCUACCUGUACUAUAAAGGACUUUCUAAGACUUUGUUAACUUUUAAGUUUGAUACAGUCAAAAGUGUUCUGGACAAAGACCGAAAAGAAGAUGAUACAAAUGAAUUUGUUAGUGCUGUGUGCUGGAGGGCACUACCAGAUGGGCUGGAUGGUUUGUAACACUUUAGAAAAAUUUCCUGACUGGAAGAGGGCCAAUCUGAAUGAACUCUUAUCUGUCUUGGGAGAGGAAGGAAAGAAGAUUCUGAGCAUGGACCCUGACUUCCAGGAAGACUGUGGCUCCCAUCUUCUCCUAAAUGCCCCACUCUUCUUUCCCAGUGUCCAGACUAGAGAAGGGCAGGAAAGGAAAAAAGGGAGGAGACAAGCAGGUGGUGGAAAACUGAGGCAACCCUAUUAGUUACUUCUUUCUUAAAGUAAAUUUACACAAAAUAUAAAUAUUCCAUAUCUUUAAUGUCCACUAUAGUGUGGAUAGCUUCCGGGAAAAUAUUUGUUGCAUUAGAUAUUUCAUAGUGAAUGUUGUAAUUAAAUCAACAAAAUAUG